CCCCAACCACUGCGCCGGUAGUCUGUUUCUCCGUCAAUCAGUCCUCGUCUCCUGACCGACUUCUGCCCGGAUACAACCUUUCUCACACACACUCCAAGCCUGCAUCAAACCUGUCCUUGGCCAAUCAGAGUAUAUGUGGGCGAUUAGUUGCUUCAUACGGUCAUGGCCCUCUCGGGGGAUCUACCACCACUGUGGGACGAAUCAAGACAGCUCGGCCAACUGUUUAUGAUGGGCUUUGAUGGCACUUCUGUCACUCAGCAAGUCAAGACCUUGAUUGAAAAGUAUCACGUAGGCUCGAUUCUUCUCAAGGCUCAAAACCUCAAAUCUGCCGAGCAGGCUACACAGCUUAUCUUUGAUCUUCAGAGCCUAGCCCGUCAGGCUGGUCAUCCCGUGCCGCUUCUCAUUGCUCUAGAUCAAGAAAAUGGCGGUGUCAACAGCUUGUACGAUGAAGUGUACAUUCGACAGUUUCCCAGUGCCAUGGGCGUCGCAGCUACCGGUUCCAAGAAGCUGGCUAGGGAAAUCGCAAAAGCUACAGCUCAAGAGUUGAGUUCAUGUGGCAUCAACUGGAUUUUGGGACCGGUCCUUGAUGUUUUGACCAAUGCUCGAAACCAACCUCUUGGUGUUCGGUCAAUAGGCGACGAUCCUCAGGAAGUGUCGUCAUUUGGGGUUGAAAGCAUCAAAGGAUACCAAGAAGGCGGAGUUGCAACAUGCGGCAAGCAUUUUCCGUCUUAUGGCAACCUGGAGUUCUUUGGCGUGCCGGACGAUGUGCCCACAAUCACCGAGUCGCUCGAGAAUCUCAGUCAAAAUGCUCUUGUUCCAUUUCGAACAGCGAUAGCGCAAGGUCUUGAUUCAAUGAUGGUAGGUGGCGUUGCUAUGGCUUCCUCGCAGGUCAACGUGAUGCAUGCUUGUCUCUCGGAGCAAAUUGUACGAGAUUUACUGCGUCAUGAAAUGCGAUUCGACGGGGUGGUCGUGUCAGAGUGCCUAGAAAUGGAAGCCUUGAGCCGGAACAUUGGUAUCAGUGGCGGAACAGUCAUGGCCUUCAAAGCCGGCUGCGAUCUGAUACUGACCUGCAGAAGUCUGUUGGUCCAGGAAGACGCAAUAAAUGGCCUGCGGGCUGGUCUGGAUAAUGGAAUGAUCGAACGAUUCCGAGUGCAGGAGUCGGUUCAGCGGAUUCUCAAUAUGAAGGCCAAGUAUACCUCAUGGGAGAAAGCAUUUACACCGCCCGGGAUUGAAAACCUCACCCGGCUGCAACCGCUUCAUACCAACCUCUCAACCACCGCUUACAACAAAUCCGUCACCGUUAUUCGAGACAAAAAGCACUAUGUGCCGCUCUCAAGAGUAAUCAAGCCUGAGGAAGAGUUGCUCCUCUUGACACCUUUGGUCAAACCGUUACCGGCUUCAGCGUUGUUUCGUCAGCUUCAGAACGAGGCUGGCACGAUGCCACACUCGGGCCGAAGUCCCAGCGUCGAUGCCAACACUUCAAUCAUGAGUGGGGAACAAGUCUUCCGAGAGCUUGGGAGACUAUUGACCAGAUACCGAAACGGCAAGGUCUCUCAUACCUCUUACACAGCAAACGGAGUUAGGCCUCUACACGAGAAUCUCCUGAGUCGUGCGCAGGGCGUCAUUGUUGUCACCGCAGAUGCUGGCCGCAACAUGUACCAAACUGCCUAUGCAAAGCAUAUUUCCAUGCUAUGCAAGUUGGCAGUGGGGCCAGAUGGCACUCCUAAAGAGAAACCUUGCGUGGUGGUUGCAGUCAGCUCACCAUUCGACUUCGUGGCAGAGCCAUCGAUUGGCACCUAUAUAUGCACGUAUGACUUUACGGAAUCUGCCCUUCGCGCUCUGGUGCAAGUUCUCUACGGCGAUCUCAGUCCAAUAGGGCUCCUGCCUGGCUCACAGGGCCAAAGGCCUCAAACUACUCAGUCAAGACAGCAGUGGUUGGUCGAGAACUUCAACGAAGAUCGGGAUUUGGCGGCAUUGGAUGUUCUACUCAUUCAGUGUCAAAACCAAUCUCUGACACAUGCGGCAACGCUCAAAAACACCAGCACAAGUAAUUUCCUUCUGCGAGACUCGAAUGUGGAAGAAGCUCAUUUCGUCGUUCGGAACAGCACGACGAAGGAACUCUUCGGGUUCUGUACGACCUACUAUUUCAGGACCAGUGGCAUAGGGCAUAUCGGAGCCAUCAUCGUUGACCCUGCUCGGCGAAAACUGUCCAUAGGUCAUUCGUUGCAUGACCGAGCCGUCAGAGCUUUAGUCCAGAAAAAGGGCAUCAUCAAAUUCCAGCUUGGGGUGAGGUUCCCAAGUAUAUAUCUGGGCAUUCCAAAGCUGGAUCCCCUUGAGUUCAAGAGACUCCGCCAAUGGUUUGCUAAGCUGGGUUGGAACACCUCCUUAUCAACCUCAGUGGCCACUGUUGCCAUACGUGACCUGACGUUAUGGUCACCUCCUGAAGGUCUGGGCCAAACUUUGACGAAUCCAGAUGUGAAAUACGAUCUCGUCUAUGGCGAUGAGUACAACGAUGUGAUGAUGGAGCACCUCAAGCGAUGUGCCAGGACCGAGGCCAAAGGCCUCUAUCAGACAGCCAUGAGCAACAAGGAGGGUUGCGGAAUUAUCCGAGCAAAACGAGCAAGCGACCAGAGCAUACUCGGAUCCAUACUCAUUUGCCGAGCAGAAUCGACCAUAGCCAAGCACAUACCAGCAUUGUACAAACAGCCCGGCAUGGCAUGCAUUUCAUCUCCAGUGAUUUCGACAAAGUUUAGCGACCAGAAGUCCCUGUUUCAAGGACUCGUCUUGUUGGGGAUACGUCAAUUCAAGAAGCAAGGACUGCGGAGCGUACUGCUCGAUUAUAUUCGAGAAGAUUUUACUCUUGACAGUUUAAAGUCCUUGGGCUUCAGCGUCACGAACAGUUUUGAAGAGAUCUCCAGUGACCCAAUGCAAUGGACGAUGAUGUCAACUGCUUGAGUUGAUGCACACAUCUUCACCUGGUUGGCAUGAUCCCAAUCACUAUCAUCGGUGACCGAGCAGAACUUUCCGCCCCAUUCACG